AUGGCGACCAGCGGCGAUCGCGGGGAGGGGUGGUUGGUGGGAGCCAUCGACCAGGGCACGACGAGCACGCGCUUCUUCCUCUACGACGAGCAUUUACGUGUCGUCGCGUCGCAUCAGAUGGAGUUUGAGCAGAUUCAGCCACAGGCCGGCUGGGUAGAGCAUGACCCCAUGGUCAUCCUCUCCACCGUCCGCCAGUGCAUGGAGGGAGCCAUGGCAGCAGCGCGGAGCAAGGGGGUUGUCGUGGGGCCGGCGACUGUCAGGGCGGUGGGGCUGACCAAUCAGAGGGAGACGACUGUCGUGUGGCGCAGGAGCACGGGGGAACCUCUGUACAACGCCAUAGUGUGGAUGGACGUGCGCACCAGCGCUGUCUGCCAGCGACUGGAGCAGCAGCUUUCAGGUGGACGGGAUGAGUGGAGGGGGGUGACGGGGCUGCCACUCAGCACCUACUUCAGCGCGCUCAAGCUGACGUGGCUGCUGGAGGAGGUGCCAGCUGUCAGGCAGGCUGUGGAGGAAGGCGAUGCGCUGUUUGGCACCAUUGACACGUGGCUCAUCUGGAACCUGACAGGCGGUGCCUGCCACGUGACGGACAGCAGCAACGCCUCGCGCACGCUCCUUAUGGACCUGAGAGCGCUGCAGUGGAACCAGCCCAUACUCGACGCUCUGAACAUUCCCAGAAGCAUCCUCCCCAGCAUCAUUUCCAGUGCUGAGCACAUCGCCCCUAUAGCCUCCUCGUGGCCACUAGCAGGGGUGCCAUUGUCGGGCUGUCUGGGGGACCAACACGCCGCCAUGUUGGGGCAGCGGUGCUCCCAGGGGCAGGCCAAAGCCACCUUCGGUACGGGAUGCUUCAUGCUGCUCAACACAGGGCCGCAGGUGUGUGCGUCCCAGCACGGCCUUCUCAGCACAGUGGCUUUCCAGUUGGGCAGAAGGGAAGAGAGCGGAGGAGGGGAGGCCAGAGGGGAGGCAGGCGGAGCUGGCAGCAGGAGUGAGACAGGCGCAGAGGAACGCACAGAAGAACCCAGUAGUGGCAUGGGCAGAAGCGCCAGCAGCAGUGGCGGCAGCGGCACGUGCUACUAUGCCUUGGAGGGCAGCAUAGCCAUAGCAGGCGCGGCCGUGCAGUGGCUGAGGGACAACCUGGGGAUCAUCGCCAGCACCAGGGAGGUCGAAUCUCUUGCUGCCUCGGUGCCCAACACAGGGGGGGUUUACUUCGUGCCUGCCUUCAGUGGUCUGUUUGCACCGCGGUGGAGGGAGGAUGCGAGGGGAGUGAUAGUGGGUCUCUCGCGCUUCACCACAAGGGCGCACAUUGCCCGGGCAGUACUGGAAGCAAUCGCAUGGCAGACUCGGGAGGUGCUAGAUGCAAUGCGGUCUGAUGCGGUGCACUCAGGAGCAACAGGAGUUGGUAACACUGGCAGCAGCAGCAACAGGGAAGGCAGCGGGGAGGGCAGCAAGGAGCAGUUUGUGUUGAGGGUGGAUGGAGGGGCAUCGGUCAAUAACUUACUUAUGCAGUUGCAGGCUGAUUUCCUCGGAUGCCCAGUGCAGCGGCCAGCAGACAUCGAGACAACAGCCCUGGGAGCAGCACUCGCCGCUGGCAUAGGAGUCGGGCUGUGGAGCGAAGAGGAGGUGCUUGGUGGGACGGUUGGGGAGGAUGAGCAAAGUGCAGAGGAAGAGGGAGCGGAAGAUGGCAGGAGAGGAGUGGUGUUUCUACCGUUGAUUACCUCAGAAGAAAGAGAGCAGAGGUUUGCAUCGUGGUGCAAAGCGGUGGAGCGAUCGCUUAACCUCUCUGAUCUCGUAUGA